AUUAGUGUUAGGAUGCCUAUGUCAACGGAUACUCCCCUGGAGAAUUAGGUGUGUCGGUAACUAAUUGUCUUAUUGCUCUUAAUGCGCAUGCCUUAGCUACAAAGAAAAAAAGCAUUCAUUCCCCCAUUUAAUUUAUUGGUGGCCAAGCUGUACACACAUUUCAUUUUGUUAAUAUUUCUCUAGAUUCUAGAAUGGGUUUUUCUGUAAGAAGAUUUGGUAGCAGCAGAAAGAAGCAGUAUUUACUACACAAGCAGAGACUCUGUGAUUUGGAAAAAGAAAAAAAAUCUAAUCCUAAACUCCAACAAGAAGAACAACAAAAAAAGGUGGUGGAAGAACAAGAAGAAGAAGAGACAUGGUCAUCAAUAUUAGACAUCAACUUAGAAGAAGAAGAUCCAUACAAAGAGUUAGAAGUUAUAAUACAAGAGAAGCAACAACCCAUAUUCAAGUUACCUUCAUCACUCAAAAUGGUAAAUGUGAAAGCUUAUGAGCCACAAGUGGUGUCAAUAGGUCCAUACCACAAUGGUAAACCACACUUGAUGCCCAUGGAAAUUCAUAAGAAAAGAGCACUGGUUCACUUUGUCAAGAGAUCGGGCGUCCCCCUCCAAACAUAUAUCACUGAACUAAUGAAAGUUGUCGAUGAACUUAAGCUAUCGUACGCGCAACUAGACCAGGAAUGGAUCCAUGAUGACCAAAAAUUCGUUGAGCUCAUGAUAGUUGAUGGAUGCUUCCUUCUCGAAUUCCUGGCUGUUGGAACCAAGGUCUCUAUUGAUGAUUACGCUCGUAGUGAUCCCAUGUUUAGCUUUCAUGGGAAAACAGUCAACUAUGAUUCUACCAUCAAAGACUUGCUCACAGUGGAGAACCAAUUGCCAUAUCUUGUUCUUACCACGUUGUUGUCUGUUGCACGCCCACAAGAGGAUGCCCAUGAGACAAUAUCUCAUAUGAUGUUGUGCCACAAUGAAGGUCCACGACGUCACAUUCUAGAUCGUUAUGCGGAGAGGGUACUUGAGGCACCAGAUUUGGAGAUAGGACUGAAGUUGCUUACUGGGUACUCAGCAUCCGAGCUUUACUACCAAUUCGGUAUCCGAUUCAAAAAGGUUAGUGGCUACAAGAAUAUCAGGUUCGACUACAAACAAGCAGUCCUCCUUCUUCCUCCCGUCAUGAUUCACGAUGACCACCAAAACCCAUUUCUCAACAUGAGAGCAUUCGAGGUUUGGGUGAGCAAAGAUUUGAAAUUUCAUUCUUUCAUUUACCUUAUCAAAACUCUUGUCAAGUCGGUGAAGGAUGUUAUGUUGCUUAGAUACCAAGGGAUUAUAGUUGGUCCACUAGACCAACAAGCUGUUCUUAAGUCGAUUCAAGUCUUUACCAAAGACAUAGGGAUGUUCAAUGUUGAUUCUGAACCUAUUGUAGCUCUUAAUGAUAUGAACGAGUACUGCAAACAAGGAACUGUUGUCGUUUGGAGAAUGUGUAGGAUUUGGAUUUCAAACCUGUACGAGAAUUACUUUAGUAAUCCAUGGACUAUUAUCUCGCUAGUGGCAGCAGCUUUUCUCAUGGCACUAACCAUGGCCCAGACCUACUACACAAUCAUCUCCUACAAGUCGGGGUAACUAAGAACGAUUAAGAUGGGUAUGCAUUCUUGUUUUAUUUUCUGGUUGACAAAGGUGCACUGUACAUUUGAAAAGUCUAGUACUGACAUUUUCAUGGUAUUCUCAUAAUAUCAUUAAAUUAUCAGGUUACUACUAAUAAUUGCUCUAGAUAAUCAUCAUAUGAACUAUCA